CUCAAACCCUAUAAAAUCUAGCUUUGUUUUCCUCCCCCUCAUUGCCCAACUCCUCUCUAAUCUGCUCUGCAAACAAGAGACUCCUCCAUUUUAUAUUUGAAGGUAGUCUUGGAAACCAGAGGUGCCCAUCAAUGGCGAAUGCACUGACAGAAGACCAGAUUGUUCAGUUCCGGGAAGCCUUUUGUCUGAUUGACAAAGACUCGGAUGGUUCAAUUACAGUGGAAGAACUGGCAACUGUGAUCCAAUCUUUGGAUGGGCAUCCAACACAAGAAGAAGUUCAGGAUAUGAUAAGUGAGGUCGAUGCUGAUGGAAAUAGAAGUAUAGACUUUGCUGAGUUCUUGAAUAUUAUGGCAAGAAAAAUGAAGGAAAAUGUUGCUGAGGAAAUAAAAGAGGCUUUCAAAGUAUUUGAUCGGGAUCAAGAUGGAUACAUAUCUGCCAUCGAGCUGAGAAAUGUGAUGAUAAAUUUGGGGGAGAGACUAACGGAUGAAGAGGCAGAACAAAUGAUCAGAGAGGCUGAUAUGGAUGGUGAUGGUCAAGUCAGCUAUGAGGAGUUUGCAAAGAUGAUGAUGACUUUCAAUUAAUCUCUCUCUCUCUCUCUCUCUCUUAUGUAUUUUAUCAUCUCUCAAAGCUUCUUCUAAAGCAAACUUUUCUUCUAGGGAAAGUGCUUCUAUUUGUAAAAUUGUGUCCUCAUUGUGAAAGCGCCCAAUUUGACAAACUAGAAGAUUAUGAGGGUUAGGUGGGAUCUCAAAAAUACAAUGGGAUUUUUCUUU